UUAUCGAUCCAUCUGCGCCUGAGCUUUCGCGUUCGGCACACAAGCUUCGCGUACGUCGCCUAGGUGAAAUCGUCUUACGUGCAAUCGACACAACCGACCAGAUCAGACUUAUUUGUUUCAUACUUGUCGACGUUACGAGUACAAGCAAAGAGAAAAAGAUGCCACACCGUAUGGAUAACACCAAGGCGAUAUUUAUAUUCUGGUGUGUCCUGAGUACCGCGUUCAGCGUACCUAGCUCGUCGCCGACGCCGCAAAAAUUGGACGACCAACUAUACACGACACGUCGAACACCGAAAAUUCUCAUCGACUUUCCAGGUUCCAAGUCCAAGUCGAAGACUUCGCCAUCUCAGACUUUGCUGGUGGGAAAUUUGAACGAAGCGAAGAGUACUACUACAAUGUCCUCGGAGUCAACAACGACGCAUAGAUCAUCUUCCGCCGAGCAACCUUUGUAUCGUCUGGACGGUAAUAAUGGGCAAGCUUGUAUUCUUCUGCAAGUAGACGCCCUGAUCACCGUGAAAUAUCGAACGAAAAAAGGAGAGGACGAAGUGGCGAAUAUUUACGUUCCCACCGACGCUACCGUGACCGGCAAUUGCGAUAACGAAAAUACAGUGACGAUGUUGCUCAAGUGGGAUGCGUACAUACUAUCAUGGAGCUUCGCAAAGACACCCGGUGGCGAACGUUGGUACGUGGAGAAGAUCGAACUAACGUACAACUCGAGCGAUCGACACUUCUUAAAUAUCGAUCAACCAAACAAAACGAUUAGAUUGAGUACCGGACAAAAGCACAGCUCCAUGCUGUUCCCGACACCGGUUGGAAAGUCGUACGCUUGCAGCGAAGAAACGGAAGUUCAAUUGACCGAUGGGAAAAAUCACGCCAUAGUGCUCCUCAGGGACAUGAAGCUGCAGCCGUUCAAAUUCAAGAACAACGAGUUUGCUGUGGAAUUCUCGUGCACGUCGUUGAGCGCGCGCGGAUUUCGGGACGAAACAGCGCCUGUCGCGGUUGGUUCGACGUUGGCUGCUGCCGUUCUACUUACUAUCACCGGCUAUGCGGCCUAUCGCUACUUCAAAGUGAAGAAAGUCAAAUACGACACUAUGGAGUAAAAGCUUUCCGGGGGACGCUGCCUAAGGCGAUGCAACACUUGGAGAACGACCAAUCUUUUCUACGAGAUGCUCUUCUCUGUGGUCGCGUAAUCGUCGCUGUCGUCGACGACGUGAUACGAUAUUGUCUUGGUCCACCUUGAUACAACAAUUCAUCGAUGCAAACGUUCCUUCCAGAAUCCGGAGUUACGUUCGUUCGAAACUUCUAUCCCGACAGUACACCAACGUCAACAUUUUAUCCAUGUUCCCUGAACCUUUGUAAAUCAUUAUUCGCGUCGAACUGUCCUAUUCAGAGUUAACGACGUCAAUCGGAAGAAAAAGAAAACAUCCGUGCGGUUAUGAUUGUCCAAUUCGUGAAACGCGUUCUUCGCCAUCCGUUUGCAACUCGUAUCGACGCGUAGACGUCAAACGAAACUUCAUUGGUUCGUACUUUUAGGUCGGUCGCAAACGGCUACAACUUGUCUCCGUAAAAGUCGUUGGUUGCGAAGAAGAUCGAUCGGGACGGAUCGAAGCAACCAACGAGCAACGUUCGGGAUAAUUAUUAAUUAAAAUACACCGUGUUCGUGUUAAAUUCGUGUUCGCGAGCUCCGAUGGUUGUAUCGAUAGAUUUCCAAUUUGGUAGAUAUCGGUCCGCUUCUCCCUGUCGUGGAUAACGCGGAUUAAUAAACAUCGUCUACGUAGGAGGGAAUACUCGGAAGACUACGUCGUUCGAGAGAUACACCACCCUCUUUCUCACAAAUCGUAUACUUGAACUAAAAUGUUUGUAUCGUGUUUCGUACUUUUUAUCGAUAGCUAGCUGCGACGCGAGUCGCGAGGAAUCUCGUACACAUAAUUCUAACGUAUAGCGAGCGAUCUCGAAGCGGAUUGAUCUUUUCUACGUUACGAUGUCCGUUUGUACGCGUGUCGAGUUGAUGCCGUUUGCUUCCGAUGAUUUGUGAAAUCCUUCGCUUCGGUAAUUUAUAUCAUAAAACGAUAAAAAAAAAUAGAGAGAGAGAGAGAGAGAGAGAGAGAGAGAGAGAGAGAGAGGGAGAGAGAGUGUGAGAGAAUCGUCGAUUUCCUCGAAAUUCCGAGGAAGGAAAGCCCUGAUUGGCAGCUGAGAGUAGAUUCGUUAGGAAAACGAAUAGCAUAGACGAGCACAGUUCUAUACCGCGGUGAUACUCAGAUCAUUCGGCAUCGUUCGACGGUUUCAGAUUGCUAGUUUUAAGCUUUCGUCAUUUCUUCCGUUUUCAAAUGUACAUAGUAUUUAACAGCGUCGUCGUAAACGUAUCGUGUCGCAAAUGACAAGACUCAAAUACGACGUUUAAUUUCAUGUAAACGGCCGAAUAAACGGUAGAUUCUACUUCGUCGAGUAGAAAUCGUUUCGCUGUUUUAUUUUAAGCGCGUUUGAAAUAAACCAGCGAGACAAAAGUCGCGCGAUUUACGAAUCGUGGAUCGGCGUGUGGCAUUUGCAUUUUAUAUGUGUGACGAUCGCUAGAUUAAGUCGUUUCGUUUUUAUCUUCUAAUUCUCGAUGUAAUAUAUCGUGUAAAUAUAUUAGGACGCGAUCGGCGAAGCUCCCUGUAUAGAAAGCCCAACGUUUCCAACGAGAGAGAAAGAGAGAGAGAGAGAGAGAGAGAGAGAGAGAAGCACAGCUACCUACGUUGCUCGAGGGAAAUUCAACGUUAACGCGUAACAAAUCGCGUCCCGAUUAAUUAUCCGUAUCGUUUGUCCGAUCCGUCUUCUUAUCCUUCGCAUCUUCUUUUUCCAUCGUUCGCGAAACGAAACCGCGACGCGAUUCGCAAACUUUGGCGAACGCGUCGAGUUUUCGCCUACCUUAAGUCUGUUCAAAUUCGUUACUAAUCUAAAGUAACAUUCGUUACUACUCUAUAGCGUAUGGAUAGACCAUUGUUACGUAUAAAUACAUAUCUUAACGCGUAAACUUAUCCCCGAGACGAUCGAGCGAAAGAAUCGACGGUGAGCCGUCGUGCUUUGGGAACAGGCGAGGCGAAUAAGCGAAUACACGUGGUCGUCGAUCUUUAAUCAACGAUAUUGUAAAGGUUUUCGCUAUGUGCGAGUAUGGAGAAGGUAGAAAAACGAAGCUUGACGAGACAAUUGAAGGGGAAGGAUAUCGAAUCGAACCGGCCGAUCGACGACUCGAUCCCAAACGUCGUACUUAAACGUAAUCUGUACGCGUGCGUAUAUGUUUACGCGUGUUUCGCAGGAAUAAUAUUACAAUUAGGGAUAUGUGCGUAACACGAACCUCUGUCUUCCAAGCGUGUAUUAAAGUUAAACUUUUGUGUGUAUAUACCUAUAUAUAUAUACACGCAUAGAAUACGUGUACAUUUAUAUAUACACACGUAUUGCACAUGUAUAUGCAUAUAUUUAUGAACAUUUACACACACGUAUGUUAUAUACACUACCAUACAUACACAGACAGACACACGCGUACACAGAGAAAAAAUGUAUUUGAAGAACGAAGGAGAGAUAUUAUGGUUAUCGCGUAUCUCACUUAUCGGCAUACAUAUCUAAUAAAAUUGAAGGUGAAAAUUAACGUGGUAACGAUCGAUUCGCGAUGUUUCGUCUAUAGAACGGAGAAACGUGUCUUCUUUUUCACGUAACUGGAGAAAUUCGAAGGACGUGCGUCUCGAAUCGAGGAUAUUCUGUAUAGGGUGGCGUGUGAUGUCCGUUUGAAUUUUUCGAUACAAUACGAUUAGUUAGAAUACGCCGGCAUUGUUGAUACGCAAAAAUAUGGUCUAGAUGUAAUUAUAAAAAUGUAUUUUUGUGCUAAAGUCAAUCUUAUUAUAAACAUUAUCGAUAGAUAGCGGUCGAUUGAAGCGGUAGCUCGAUGCCUGUGACUUUCACAGUUUCCCGUUACGAGGCGUUAGCAACGACGCGACGCGACGCGACGCGGCCCGGUGCGGCGUAGCGUCGCAUCGGCCAGCAAUAAAACACACACAUAGCAGGGGUUGUAAAGUACUUACGUGUAUGGAAAUGAGAUUACAGAGCAGGAUACAAAGGUGAAACGAAGGCGCGAGGCCGCGGAAAACUUCGAUGGAACGAGAUGGAACCAACGAAUCUCGUAUUGCUUGACAUACUAUGCAUACGCGGCGAGCUUCGAGCCUCGUAAGAAUCGAUGUAACGAGCGGUACACGAGAAACAAUGCGAAACGACGAGUUACGUGGUUAGCGCGCGUCAAACAGAAUUGUAUCAUGUCGAUCAAAAAAUAAAGGCUGUUAUACAAGUU